CCGCUGUAUGAUAAACAACACUCAUCACAACAUCAGACUAUCUGCAACGAUUAAUGAGAUCCGGCCGGGCCUUGUCAGGUUCUCUCCCACGUCGGUGAUUGAUCCCUUGUCAUGCCGCCAAAUCCCUCGGACCUUCAGCCGCGCCGAUGGCUGACCCACGAUUGACUCGCAUUGAAGGCACCUUGACCUCAUUGUUCGAGAGCCUCGUCCCUUCCCCAAGUCUCGACCAGGACGAUACAGAGACCGAGUUCCGCAUAGACCGCGCCAUCCAGAAUGCCAAAGACAUUGUCCUCCACGCCGAAAGCAAACUACCUACAGACACCAAUCAGGCGCAGGACUUAAUAAAGAGGAAGUUGCUACGAGAAAAUGCGUCGCCCGAGAAGGCGGCUAGGUUUAGCAACCUAUACUCUAGACUGCUAGCCAUACCCGUUCUGAACCAGAAAUGGGCCAUCUUGUACCUUCUCUACAAGUUGUGCGACGACUCCACCCUCGAUGGGCGCCCACGCGAUCCUUUAGCAGACUCGGAUCACUUCGCCAACAUACCUCGAAGACAUACACUAUCUGCAGAAAAGCCAUAUCAAGCGGACGAGCAAGAAUUCGAAGAUGCGCCAGAGGAACAGCUCUUCCGGAGAGGUCGGACGUUACCAUCAAAGGCAAGGACUGAGUCUAAGCGUCAAGAGGAGGCUCCUACCGAAGAGCAAGAAGUAGUAGAAAAACAUGAUGAAGAGCCACCACAGCCCGAGAAGGAGCGCAUCAUCUCGCCCACGGAGCUGGAGUUGCUACGAGACCUUCCCUUCAACCUCCAAGGGGUGUCUUCCGCACAUGUUGAAUUCACGGGUACCACUUCGCUCAAAUUACCCACGACCCUCCCAGUUCCAAUCAUAUCUUUGCUGCACGCGCUGGCAGAACCAUGCCUACUGUAUCGCGGUCUCGCGGAAUAUGCUGGUGGUCAAGACGGUGGUCUUGUGGAUCAAAGCCUUCGUUCUGCCAUCAAUGACGAAUUGCGCUCAUAUUUGAGUCUGGUCGCCUCGUUGGAAACCGAGAUUAGGCAGGCUCUCGCGACUUUGAACCAAGCUCAAGAUUCAAAAGUUGUUCGAGUCACUGGCGUGACGCUAAAACGAUGCAUGAUCUGGACUAGAGAUGCUACGAUGGGCCUGCGGCUGAUGAAACUCAUUGUGGAAGACUCUCAGCAAAAGCGAGGCGGCCAACUACUGUCUCUUAUUCACAACUUGUCGUCCUCACACGGCGAUCCGUUUGUGGCGUCAUUCGCGGAAAGACUCCUUGCUCAUGUCGCCCGGCCUUUCUACGAAAUGUUGAGACAUUGGAUAUAUGACGGAGAACUUAUCGACCCCUACCACGAGUUUUUCAUCACAGAACCUGAUCCUAACUCUCUGCCCGCUGUGGAUCACCGACAUGUGGCCACAUCUGUUUGGGAAGAGAAGUACAAGCUUGAUGCUGCGAUGGUACCGACCAUCAUCUCAGCAGAAUUUUCCAAGAAGGUGUUCCUGAUCGGCAAGUCUCUAAACUUCAUUCGGCACAAUUGUGGUGACUCGGAUUGGGUCAUUCAAUAUUCCAAAUCGAAUUCGAAGUCCCUGGAUUACGCAAAUACUGCCAACUUGUCGACGUCCAUCGAUGUGGCUUACAAGACUACUAUGUCACGUUUGACCCACCUCAUGUCCACCAAAUUCGGGCUAUUCACCCACCUCACCUCAAUUAAAAAGUACAUGCUGUUGGCUCAAGGCGAUUUCAUUGACCUGCUCAUCGAAUCGCUGGCACAACAUCUUGAUCGUCCAGUGAAUUCCAUGUAUAGGCACAAUCUCACCUCGCAAUUGGAGCAUGCAAUCCGGCACUCGAAUGCUCAAUACGACGAUCCAGAGGUCUUGCGACGACUGGAUGCCCGUAUGCUGGAGCUGUCCAGCGGUGAGAUUGGUUGGGAUUGCUUCACACUGGAAUAUAAGAUCAGUCCGCCAUGUGACGUUGUCAUCACUCAAUGGGCCAAUACGCAAUAUCUGAAGAUAUUUAAUCUGCUAUGGAGAAUAAAGAGGGUUGAAUUCUCCCUCAACUCGACAUGCAAGCGCUCUAUGACCGGAGGUAGGGGAGUACUUGCGGCAGUAAGCGACAAGUUGGGUCGCGACUGGAAACGGUCUAGAUGUGUUGUUGCUGAGAUGGUGCAUUUUAUCAACCAGUUAUUGUACUAUCUUCUGUUUGAAGUUAUCGAAGCUAGCUGGAAACAACUUGACGAAGCUAUCCACAAGCCGGACGCAACUUUGGACGAUCUGAUCGAGGCUCAUACCAAUUACCUCAACAACAUCACGAAGAAAGGGCUCAUUGGUCAACAGAGACACCCCGUGACUGGUCAGCAGGAAGAUAGUCUAGUUGUGCAAGUUCACCAUAUCUUGAAGUGCAUGCUCAAUUAUCGCGAGGUCAUCGAUUCUCUAUAUUCCUACAGUGUUGCGGAGUACACCAGGCGACAACAGUUCACUGCAAAGAUCGAACAGCGAACGGCGCAAGGCCGAUGGGGCAUCACUGAAAAGGAUCUCGUGGGCGAUUCUCGAGCGAGCACGCCGACUUCCGCUGCGCCACCUAAAUCAGGCAGGAGACCACAGCUUGUUCCCGAGGACAGUGACUCUCCGGUUGUGCCACCCAUAGGCAACCUCGGCUUAGGCGAUGACGAGACACAUCUGAACUCCUUGCGAUCCAGGCAGUUGAACCUGUCGGCUGAGUUCAGGUCACGUCUGAGCAUGUUGCUAUACGACUUGGCCCACCAACCUGAUGUCGACCUGCGCUUUUUGGGUGUUGUGAUGAAUUUCAAUGAAGUGUAUCAACCUGUGAACGUGCGGCGACAUCAGGCAAGACGUGCGAGGGAGAAGCGUGAGCUAGAAAGGAAGACUCGAGAAGCUCGUGAUACGGCUAUUUCUGAGGCUAAUACGUCAAUCGAGAAGGAUAUGAAUAGCUCAGCAACCAAAGCCUGAACAGUUGCAUACCCCUUCCUGGAAGCUGCCAUGAGACAAAGUUCUCACGACGAGGCAAGUGGUCCACUUGGCGGUGCGGACACCUUUUGGAUCUUCAAACAGCAUCAUGAGAGGCUGCCUUUCGCAUCUGUUAGCGGCUUGCGACUCCUGCGGCGGAUAAUCACAUAUCACGCAAGGUAGCCAUAGACGAAGACGGGCGUACGACAUUCCGAAAUUCAGCGACGAGACGAAGAGUCGGUUUGUGGCAGGAAGAGUCGUACGUUCGGAUUGCUGUUACUCCGUACCAUUCCAGUGUUCAUGAAAUGUUCUCCAGCUGUCAAGGCGAGUCGGUAAGACUGCUGAAGACCGGGUCUCUUACGAGUGGUCCUGAAUGAGCGACGAUGUCAUGUAGCACGAAUUGAAUAGCAAUGAAGAGAUAACCAUAAUGCUAUAAAGGAAGCUGAUGGGUGUGAUCUGCAUCAGCUUCAUUCGAAC